AUGGCUGGUCUAAUGAAGGUUGCAUGCUUGGUCUUGGCCUGCAUGAUCGUGGCAGGUCCAAUCACAUCGAACGCGGCUCUGACCUGUGGCACCGUUAACAGCAACGUGGCACCGUGCAUUGGCUACUUGACCCAAGGUGGGCCCCUUCCCGCAGCGUGCUGCAGAGGUGUUAGUACCCUUAACAGCAUGGCCCGUACAACCCCGGACCGUCAGCAAGCUUGCCGUUGCCUUCAAUCAACCGCUAAAGCCAUAGGCUCUGCGCUCAACGCUGGCCGUACAGCUGGACUUCCCAAGGCAUGUAGAGUCAAUGUUCCUUUCCCAGUCAGCACCAGCACCAACUGCAACAGCGUGAAAUGA